GAAAUGAGGUAUUGAAUCGUGAUGAAAAAAGUCCUCUCUUAGAACAGAUAAAUAACAAAGAGCCUACUCUGAUCGAAACAAUCUUCACAGUAUUGUCUUACUGCACUUUGUCACCCAAAUCUCUUGGCAUUGCUUUUGAGACCUACAUGGAAAAAGUGCAGUUGUGGAAUUGCUUAUACAAUAUGACAGUUUCCAGUUGUGGUGUGUCGGAGCCAGAGGUUAUCAGAUGCUUGAAGUUGACUUUGAUUAAUUCAGUCAAGGGUAUAGUGAAGCAGAUAAUUUCUUUGAUGCAUUCAUGGGAGGCAACGGAAAACUAUGGAACAUACCAGCACAAGCAAAUAGUUCCUGAAAGUUUAUUGAAAACGGUUCCAAAGGAAUGGAAUUACACUCCUCGGGAAAUGAAGAGAAAAGAAUCUGGGAAAUGCUUCACAAGGCUUGCAGCUCAGGCAGUAUCUAUUGUAAUCAGCAAGUUACCUACAGUGAUUGCAUGUUUGCCUCCCCCAAUUAAGUACUUCUUUUUUCUGGCUGAGAGAAAAAUGUCAAGAAACUUUGCUGAAUUGAAGAAAGCUGGUCUGCUUGUCUGGAACUUGAUUGUAAUUAUAUGUCGGAUAUUUGAGGAUGGAAAUACUGCAGAACUUUUAACAGGUGCAACACUUGACAGAUGGAGCAAAGAAAAACUCAGUUUAGUUCGUGUGUGCUUAGAAAGUAUUAUGGGAAAACAGAAAAGUGGUCCUAAGCAAGUGACCCAGAAGGUGAUACAAAGCAUUGAACAGCAAAGACCAAACUGGAUUGAAAGCCAGUUGCUGAAGGCAAGAAGACUGAGCACGGAGUGUGCCUCAGUCACAGUAGAAGGUGCAGCGUUAGAGGAAGGAGGUAUUGCAGUUGGAUUCACUGAGCAGAAAAUAAACAUGAUGGUCCUGGAUAUCUGCCACAAACUAGGUGGCAGCGAGUACCUGAGGCAAAUUUAUCACAUCAUCCGGCUCAAUGAGGAGUAUUUGAAGGAGCAGCUGUCUUGUGAGGAUUCUUCUGAAGAUGGUGUCAUCUCCAGCCAAUGCCUAACUUUGACACUGAAGGGCAGAGAAGAGCAACCUGUCUUCAACCCUUUCCAGGUGUACAGACAGUCUUGUUCAAAAGUGUUCAAUCAG